UAUAUAUUCGAAAAUGAUGGCUAACAGUUGAUGUCUACUCGUAGCAAUUUAGCUGUACAUUGUUUUUGUAUCUUCCCACAGAAAUGGAAUAACUGCAGCUAGCUAUUGCUUUUUGGCAGCUCACAGAUCUGUACUGCAAUUCAGCUGCUAAUUCAGUCAAAACCAGGGAAGUAGCUCACCAAAUCUGGAAAACCGCAGAUAAAGAUAGUUUUCCAUACGUAAAUACCAGUUCUUCUUCAUGGGUUCUGUAGAUAAAAGCUUGGGAUCAGAAGUUGUCACCGUUGAUGUCCUCGAAGCCAAGUCUCUGCUUGGUUCAGGCUUCACUUAUCUUGAUAUCAGGACAGAGGAAGAAUACAAGAAAGGACAUGUUGAUUUAGAGAAGAUAUACAACAUUCCUUACAUGUUUGAUAAACCUGGAGAUAUUUUUUGUGCGUCAGGAGGUAGGGAGACGAAUCCUGAUUUCUUGAACAACAUCUCAUCUGUCUUCACGGAAAACGAUAAACUACUUGUGGGAUGUCAAAGUGGAGUCAGAUCCCGGGCUGCUUCUACUGAUCUUGUUGCCGCUGGUUUCAAGAAUGUAAGGGACAUGAAAGGAGGGUAUCUGGACUGGGUGAAGCAUGGAUUGUCUGUGAAACAAGAUCAGCUAAAGGAAGAUCAGUCGGUUGCUACAAAAUCACCAUGAUUAUUACAUACUGUUUGUAUCUUCCGUUUAUAUAAAUUGUAAGGAUAGUGUCAUAAUAAACUUCAUUUUGUAUUUUAGAUUCAAGUUUAUAAUAAUAAACAAUUAUACGAUCAAGUUGAGUUAAAUGACAGUAAAUGUAUUACAUCUUCAGGUGAAAGAAAUAUUUUGUAA